CUGUGCGCGCACGCCGACUGCCGUGCCUCGGCCCUCGCCGUAGUUCAUAUAGUUGCAUCACUGCACGUGAAGCCUUCGUCGCCGACGCUUCUGCUUCGACUUCAGAGCCGACGAGAGUCCCCGUCGUCUUAGUCAACCGGGAAGACAAGAGGAUCGAACUCAGUGAAAAUGCUGGCCGCUGCGAGAGUAUUCACACGAGGGGCGACAGCCACCGGCUGCGACGUCGCCAGGAGACAGCAGUUCCAUAGCAUCCUCAAGAACGCAGCUGCACCAUCAAUUGUUUUUCCGCAACGAAAUGAUUUGCAGCAGUACCGUUUCAAGUCGGAAGGAGUUAAGGGAGCAGUCAUCGGUAUCGAUCUUGGAACCACAUUCUCGUGUGUUGCCGUUAUGGAAGGAAAGCAACCUAAAGUCAUUGAAAAUGCAGAAGGCUCAAGAACCACACCUUCUUACGUUGCUUUUACAAAAGAGGGAGAACGGUUAGUUGGUAUGCCAGCUAAACGACAGGCCGUUACAAAUUCAGCAAAUACUUUUUAUGCUACCAAGCGUCUUAUUGGUAGAAAAUUUGAAGAUCCAGAAGUUAAGAAAGACAUGAAAACCGUGUCUUACAAAAUCGUACGUGCAUCAAACGGAGAUGCAUGGGUACAAGGAAGCGAUGGAAAAAUGUACUCUCCGAGUCAAAUUGGAGCAUUUGUUCUUAUGAAAAUGAAAGAAACUGCUGAGGGUUAUUUGAGCACGCCCGUUAAAAAUGCCGUUAUCACCGUCCCAGCUUACUUCAACGACUCUCAGAGGCAGGCCACUAAGGAUGCCGGACAAAUUGCUGGAUUAAACGUUCUUAGAGUAAUAAACGAACCUACAGCAGCUGCUCUUGCCUAUGGAAUGGAUAAAACUGAAGAUAGAAUUAUUGCCGUCUACGAUUUGGGUGGUGGUACCUUCGAUAUCUCCAUUUUGGAAAUCCAGAAAGGAGUCUUUGAAGUCAAGUCUACCAACGGAGACACGUUCUUGGGAGGUGAAGAUUUCGACAAUGCAUUGGUCAACUACCUUGCUAACGAAUUCAAGAAAGACCAAGGUAUUGAUGUAGCCAAGGAUGCAAUGGCUAUGCAGCGUUUGAAGGAAGCUGCUGAGAAGGCAAAGAUCGAAUUGUCCAGCUCUCAGCAGACUGAUAUCAACCUUCCUUACCUCACAAUGGAUGCUAGUGGUCCCAAACAUCUUAACCUUAAGCUCUCUAGAAGUAAAUUUGAGGCCCUCGUCUCUGAUCUCAUCAAGCGUACGAUUCAGCCUUGCCAGAAAGCUCUUACUGACGCCGAGGUAUCGAAGUCCGAUAUCGGGGAAGUUUUGCUCGUCGGUGGAAUGACCCGUGUACCCAAGGUACAGCAAACUGUACAGGAAAUCUUUGGUCGCCAGCCAUCGAGAGCUGUGAAUCCCGAUGAAGCUGUUGCCGUUGGCGCUGCUGUCCAAGGUGGAGUCUUGGCUGGAGAUGUUACUGAUGUGCUACUGCUCGAUGUUACUCCACUUUCUCUUGGUAUCGAAACCUUGGGUGGAGUGUUCACAAGACUGAUCACACGUAACACAACCAUUCCUACAAAGAAAAGUCAAGUAUUCUCGACCGCUGCUGAUGGGCAGACUCAGGUCGAAAUUAAGGUCCACCAGGGUGAGCGUGAAAUGGCCAAUGACAACAAGCUUUUGGGACAGUUCACUCUUGUUGGAAUCCCACCUGCACCUAGAGGAGUUCCACAAAUCGAAGUUACAUUCGACAUCGACGCCAACGGAAUUGUACAUGUAUCUGCCAGAGAUAAAGGAACUGGAAAGGAACAACAAAUCGUUAUCCAGUCCAGCGGUGGUUUGAGCAAGGACGAGAUUGAAAACAUGGUCAAGAACGCCGAACAAUACGCCAAGGAAGACAGGAUAAAGAAAGAAAGAGUAGAGGCGGUUAACCAAGCUGAAGGUAUUGUUCAUGACACUGAAGCUAAGAUGGAAGAGUUCAAGGCUCAGCUUCCACAAGGCGAGUGUGACAAGCUGAGGGAACAAGUUUCUAAAAUGAAGGAAACUUUGGCCAAGAAAGAUGAAACCGACCCCGAGGAGAUCAAGAAACAGACAAACGAACUCCAACAGGCCAGCCUGAAGCUCUUCGAGAUGGCUUACAAGAAGAUGGCUGCUGAGCGUGAAGGAAAUCAACAACAAACGCAGGAGCAGCAACCUGAGGGUGAAGAAAAGAAGAAGGAAGAGAAGAACUAAAUAAAUGGACAUCCAUCUCGUGUGGUGAGCUGACACAAAAUUACUACCCGCCAUCGCGUCAACGUUCAUAAUCGAAAAUUGAAUUGUGUUAGAAUUUUUAAUACUUGGUAAUUGCUUUGUAAAACAAUUGGCAAGUAUUGCAGAAAAGCAUUUAAAAUCUCGAUCACCGAAUAUUAGUACGUUAAAGAUCAAACAUUAUUAAUUUCAGUUUUAAAAACCAUGAUAAAUCGAGGAUAGGGUUCAAUCGAUGUUAUUGAAAUAUGUUUUUCGGUGGCCAGUGAGUAAUCUGACGUAUCACGUCAUGUUUUAAUGUACGCGAGUCUUGACUCGUAAACAUAAUUUUGUAUAUUAAGUCAGAAAGCUUAGGAUUUGUUUAUUCUUUUGGUCUUGUGAUAUGCUUCAUACAUUUUUUAUCUUCAUGCACUGACGCUGCAAUAGAUCAUAUAGGUUAAAAAUGCUGUUAACCACUUUAUGCGUGGUUUUAUUUUAAGCCAAAGGUCGUCGUAUUACCCUCUUAAAUUAAGGGGCUGUAACAUAAGUGAGCUUGCAUGUAAUUGAUAAAUUUAACUUCACAAGAUUUCUGACUUGACGUUAUAUACGGAAAACUCACGCUUAAUCAGCUGGCUAAAGAGUAAAACAUAAGUUCCAUUCAUCGAUAAGUUAGAAUGCUUUAAAAGAAAAAGAGAAUCGAUAUGUAAAUUGUGUACAUAUGCGCUCGUGUGCUUUACAAACGAUCAUGUAGGAUUAUAAGUCCCGCAUUGACUCGAGAAUGAUACUUUUUAAGAAUUAUUAACCCGUUUCGGUUGUCGGAUCAGGAAGUUAGAAAUUGAAGAUGCCUCAAAAAUAACCCAGUGUUUUGGAUUUUCACCGCUGUAGUUCCAAAAAAAUUGCUAUUCCGCAUUUCUUUUUAAUCGACAGCGGUUGUACGAUUGCAUACCGUAUGAAUGCGAAAAAAGUAAGUGAAAGUGAGAUGUAGUAUGAGUUUCAUAGAACAGAUAUAAUUAUUUAGUGUAAGACGAAUACAAAUUAUAUGUAGAUUAAUAUAAGUAACAAUAAUACGUUAAAAACUGUAAACCGUAUUUUACUACACCCAAAUUUUUUAUUUGAAAAGCCAUCCCAAGUUGUACUUUAUAUGUUUCUGUCGUGUUUGUUCAAUAAAACUAUUUA